AGCUCUCCCCAAAAUCCUCUCUCCAUGGCGGUUUCUCUGCGCUUCCAGCUCCCACCGCUCCUCCUCCUCCUCCUGCUAAUCUCACUCUUCAUCUCCGCCGCCUCCGAUUUCGACGGCAGCCCCUCCCCCUCCAUCUCCCCCUCCCUCUCCCCUUCCUCCGCCGUAUUCCACACUCCGACUCACACCUAUCCGCCCGCUCUCUUCGCCACAAUCCUCUCCACACUCGGCUUCCAGGAGCUCUCCUCCGCCGCCGUCACCGCCAACCUCUCCGCCACCACGCCUCUCACCAUCUUCGCCCCCUCCGACGCCUCUCUCCUCUCCUGCCCCUCCUGCUCCCUCUCUCUCCUCCUCCAGGAGCUCUCCAUCCCCGGCCUCUACCCCCUCCACUUCCUCCUAACCCUAACUUUUGGUACCAAAAUCGAGACGAUCGCUCCGAAUCGGUGCCUCACCGUCACCAGCAAUGGCAAGGACAAGGUCUUUGUCAACGGCGUCGAGAUCACCGGCCCUGACGUCUUCAACAACGGCCUCGUCGUCAUCCACGGCCUCCAAGGCUUCGUCUCGCACCUCUCGCCGCUCUCCUGCAACGUCGAGCGGAUGACGACGCUGUCGUUCCCCUCGCCGUCGCUCACCUCCGCCGCGCUGCCGUCGCUCUUCAUCAUGCGCCUGAUGCUCAAGGACGCCAUAAUCCGCCUCCGCGCCACCGGAUACAGCGUCGUCUCCCUCGCGAUGCGCGUCAAGUACGCCGAGCUCGCCGAGCUGAAGGCGAUGACGAUUUUCGCGAUCGAUGAUACCGCGAUCUUCUCCGGCGGAGGUAACGCCUACUUGUCGAACUUCCGGUUCCACGUGGUUCCGAACAGGCGGUUGACGGCGGCGGAUCUGGUGACCUUACCGACGGCGACGUCGCUACCUACUCUGGACGCGGCAAAUAACCUCGUGGUGACAACCGGUGGAGGCGGCGGACCUUCUGCACCGAUGAAGAUCAAUUACGUGAGGAUUACCACCAUAGAUCUGCUGCACAACACCAAAAUUGUGAUCCAUGGAUUGUCAUCGCCGUUUCCGCACAUGAUGCCUCAUCAGGCGUUCAAUGUAGAAGCUGGCGGUUCUUCUUCUGAGAUCCAACAAUCCGCCGCUUGUGCUCAUUUUGACUGGGAGCGUGGUAUAUGUGCUGCUGAAGCUCAAGUUCCAGCUGGAAUGCAGUCGGCGGUGGAGCUUCAAGAUAACCGUGGACUCUGAUUCAUCAGAUCUUACUGAUUUUACUUUGUAAGUGAUUCAUCUGUUCUACUGCAAUUGAUUCAUCUGAUCUGCUCAUUUUACUCUAGAAUUUUGUACGCACUCUCUCUGAAUAUCAAUUUCUCUGGUUAUGGAAUAAUAUUGAGCUCUACUUUCUUUUC